GAUGACAACAUCUCAGACAACUAUUAGACGGCAAAAGAAACUAUUAAGACAUAUUGACGACUACUCAACGGAUUAUGGUCUAGACAAACAAUCUAUUACGAACCUCGUAAACAACCUCAAUUUAACCGAUUGUGAAAAAUUAACCACUAUCAAAAGAAAUUAUGAUUUACUUAAAGUUGACUUUCAAGUGGAAGGGUCUUACUACGAAUACUCGGAAAGUCUACAAUUUCGUUUAAGGCGACUUCUUAACGUAUUAGAACCGGAACUAGUACGAAUUGAAAGUGAGAAGAGAGAGCCGAUUGAUACAAAUCAAGUUUGGAUAGAGUUAAAGACUAUUUUAUUGGAUACUUUAAGCAUUGAUAAAAAAUUUAUUGAUAUCCUUUAUAGAGAUUCAGAUUUCGGGUAUUGUACGAUAAAUAAUCUCCGGUCUAGGCCUAAUCGAAAAGCAAAAGUCGAAUAUUUAAUAAGUUUUUUGAGAAAAUUUGGUAUAGCAGGAUUAUAUAAGUUGGCUGAAUUUUGUAGGAAAGACGAUCGCUACAAUUUCAUUGAAAGAAUGAUUAUUAAUCGCCUUAACGAUUGA